AUGGGUAAAUCAAAGGAUGGAUCUAGUGAACCACUUUUAGGUGGCGGUGGUGAUAGUUCUGGUAGUGGAAAUGUUAGCAACCCAUAUAGUUUUAUGUAUCCUGGAAAAGGACAACAGUCAUCGUUGAGAUUGUCAAGCGAUGGAAACGAUCUACCCAAUGUACUGUCAACAUCAUAUAAUAACAUGGCACUGAAUGGUGAUCCACAUUCCAACAACAACAACAAUAACAACAACAACAACAAUCAUAACACAGUCGGUGGUGAUGACGAAUCUCCACUCAUUGGUACCACCGAUGAAAACUUGAAUCUCGGUGGACUACCAACCAAAGUCAAAAAGAUCGACGGAACAUCCGAGCAUAAAAUCGGACAACUCUUGGCAACUGCAAUCUGUGGUAAUGAUAUCACUUCAAGUAUUUUCUAUACAUCGAGUUUGUGUACUGCAGCAGCGGGUAUUUACGCACCGAUUUCACUGUUGAUUGUAUGUUUUGUUUUAUAUUUGUUUAGAAAGGUGUAUGGUGAGGUAGGAAGUGCGCUGCCACUGAAUGGUGGUGCCUACAAUGUGCUGCUCAACACCACCUCCAAGCAUAUCGCUUCGCUUGCCGCUGCACUCACAAUGAUUUCCUAUGUCGCCACUGCAGUGGUCAGUGCUUUCACCGCUAUGAAAUACUUUGAAGGAUUGGUACCGAGCAUCAGUGACAAACCGUCGACUGUUGUGCUGCUCGCCAUUUUCGCCGCACUCAACCUGAUCGGUAUUGGUGAGUCGGCAAUCGUUGCAUUCAUUAUCUUUGUAUUCCACAUGAUCACGCUGUUGGUGCUGGUGUUUGGUGGCUACGGAAUCUUCUUUUACAAACACGAUUGGUCGGUGCUCGUCGAUAACAUUCACGGAAGAACACCACCCAACUUGAUGCCGGGAGUGAACGCGACUUCCGACGCGUGCUCGCCAGACUCUUUCACAUGGCAAGGACACAACUUUGCCUACAAUAUCUACUUUGGAUUCGGUGCUGCCAUGCUUGGUGUCACCGGUUUCGAGACAUCGUCCAACUUUAUCGAGCAGCAAGAACAAGGUGUCUUCCCAAAGACACUUCGUAACAUGUGGGCGAUCGUCACUUUCUUCAAUCCACUCAUCGGUUUGUUGAAUCUUUGUUUCCUCCAUAUCUGUGAGAUCGCCGGUAGCACAGACGGUGGUGUGCUCGCUACUGUCGCCAGAAAAUCUCUCGGUGAAUGGUUUGCCAUUUGGAUUUCAAUCGACGCCUGUCUCGUAUUGUCUGGUUCCGUCAUCACCAGUUAUGUCGGAGUCAUCGGUCUCGUGCGUAGAAUGGCACUCGAUCGUUGUCUGCCACAGUUCCUCCUCAUUGAGAAUCCCUGGAGAAAGACCAAUCAUUUCAUCAUCGUGCUCUUCUUCUGUAUCUGUACAUCGCUAUUUAUUAUAUCUGACUUUGACACCACCGUAUUGGCCGGUGUCUACACCAUUGCAUUCUUGGGUGUAAUGAGUUUAUUCGCAAUUGGUAACAUGUUAUUGAAAUACAAGAGAUCAAGUUUGAAGAGAGAAAUCAAGUCACCAUGGUUAGGUGUCAUUUUCUCACUAUGUUUUGUUCUCACUGCUUUGGUUGCCAAUAUCAUUGGUGAUCCAUCUACAGUUGCCUAUUUCGCAAUCUAUUUCGUUGUCACUGCAAUGAUUAUCAUGGUUAUGUUUAUUCGUGCAAAAAGACCAAGAGAAAGAUUGGCCAAUUGGAUCGGUCAAGCCAUCACCAAGAUCAAUUCACAAUCGGUUGUGUUCUUUGCCUCGAAGGAAGAUCCAGCCUAUUUGAACAAGGCCAUUCUCUACAUCAGAGACAACGAGCAAACCAAUUGGAUUCGUAUCGUACACUGCUACGACUCUGAAAACCCACCAUCAAACAUCGCUGAGAACGUUGCAUUCUUGGAUAAGAUCUAUCCAAAGAUCCGUAUCGAUUUGAUUACCGUCGCCUCACCAUUCACUUCACAAGUCGUCGAAAAACUCUCUGAAACAUUAGACGUACCAAAGAACUUUAUGUUUAUUGCCUGUCCAAAAUCUCAUCUCCCACUCACCAUCGGAGAAUUAGGUGGAGUAAGAAUGAUCACAUUUUAUUAA